AUGGUGUACUGCGGGCGGCCCAGUAAGGGAUGCUCCAACUGUCGGGGCCGCAAGAUUCGGUGCGACCAGAAAGCGCCAGGAUGCGGCCAAUGCAUCAAGAGACAGGAGACAUGCCCCGGCUACCGGAACAUCACCGACCUCAUGUUCCGCGACGAGAGUCUCCAUGUCAUCAAGAAGGCCAAAGCGAGGGCCCGUAGGAAGUCGAAGGGCGCCAUCGCAAGCCCAGUAUCUACUCCAUCGGGAUCAGAAGGGCGGGCAUCGGUCACGCCCGAGCCCCGCGCGCGGCUGUCGCUAGUUGUGCCUCCCACGCCUGGGUCCGUGACCAUCAGCAGCAGCUCGGCUGGCGGCUGGGGGAUCAUCCCGUACCAGAACGAUGAUAGCAGCAGUCUCAUGUCGCCUGACUCGGGGAGCUGGCCGGGCUCACCACCGGUGGCCCAGUUGUACACCCUCCCACCAACAUGUCAGGAACAAGGGUUCGCCUACUUCUUCUCGCGCUAUGUCACGGCGGACGAGACGGUGUCCCACCAGCGGUUCGACUUCAUCCGGGACGUCUGGAAGCCGUCGUCCCCGAAGGUGGAUUGCCACGUCGAUGUCGUGCUGGCCAGCAUGACCGCCGUGGGCCUCAUGGGGUUGGCGAGCACCGCGCAGCUGCCGCACCUGAUGGACGCGGCGCGCAAGUCGUACGGCACUGCGCUCCAUCUGACGAACCGCGCGCUGCAGGACCCCGCCGACGCGGUCAAGGACAGCACGAUGCUAUCGGUGCUGAUCCUGGGGGUCUUCGAGAUGAUGUCGGAGAACACGCCGCGCACGACGACGACGAUCGAGGCGUUCCAGGAACACGUCAACGGCGCCAUGGCCCUGGCGCGCAUGCGGGGGCCGGCCCAGUUCCGCACCGCAGCCGGGCGCAAGAUGUUCAGCAUGUUGUGUCAGCGUGUUGUCGUCAGCUGCGCUCAGCGGAACGUGCCCAUGCCGGACUCGCUCAUCGAGCUAUGGGACGACAUGGUGCGCGCGUCGCCGGCCGGGAGCGAGAACGCCGAGGAGCGCCUGCUGCCCCUCAAGAUGAAGGUGCUGCAGCUGCGCACCGAGAUCAAGAGCGGUUUCUUAACGGACCCGGCCACCAUAGUGAGCCGCAGCCUAGCCAUCGACCACGAUAUCGAGACCAUGAUCGCGGGUCUCUCGCCGUCGUGGCACUACCGCGCGUUCCGCCUCCCGCAGCAACAGCAGCCGCAAUACCACCCGGCCGUCUACGGCGACGUGUACCACCUCUACCCGUCGAUCCAGCACGCCGACGCCUGGAACCACAUCCACUGCACCCGCAUCCUCAUUCUCGAGACCGUCAUCACCGUCAUCACUCGCGACCUCCACGGGCCCGCGCCGACUCUUGACGCUGCCCAGUAUCUCGAGGUGCAUCGCACAUCCCAGCGGAAGCUGGAGCAUAUUUUGUCCGAUAUCAUCGCCAGCGUGCCCCAGCAGCUAGGUCUCAUCACCACACCGCCCGUCGGCAGCAUCGAUAGUCGAAUGGAAGUCACCCACGGCAACGACGAUCCUCACGAUAUCAACAACAACAAACCCGCCACAUCCCCCCUCUCCACAGUCGAAAUCCGCAUGACCCCGUCCCCUCCAACCUCGCCAUCCAACACCACCAGCAGCCCCAUCACCACCCCAAUCCAAAAUGCCCCACCACCCCACUCCCGCGGCCUAACCAUGCUCGACGUAACCGGCAACUCCUCUCUAACCCCCUCCUCACCCCUUACGGGUGACUCCCUCGAAGACAACGGCGUCAAAGAAGACGACAUAACAGGCAACGCCAACGCCACCGAAGAAGCAGAGCGGUACAUGCUCCUCGUCUCAGCAACCAGCACGCUGGUGUGGCCAAUGUAUGUGGGCGGGAUGUCGUCGGUGUGUGGCGCGGCGAGAAGGGCGUAUGUUAUUGAGAGGAUGCGGACGCUGUAUAUGGAGACGGGGAUUAGGCAGGCGGAUGUUGUGGCGGGGUUGUUGGAACGGCGGGCGGCGAGGGAGGGGGAUUAUAACUGUGCCUGGGGAUGA